UCAGGAGAGAAGCCCUACCAAUGCUCCCAGUGUGGAAAGAGUUUUACCCAGGCUGCACACCUGAAAUACCAUAAAAGAACACACACAGGAGAAAAACCUUACCGUUGCUCCCAGUGUGGAAAGAAUUUCACCAUGUCAUGUAACCUGAAAAAACAUGAGAGAAUACACUCAGGAGACAAGCCCUAUCAAUGCUCCCAGUGUGGAAAAACGUUUACCCAGCUAGGGGACAUGAAAAAACAUAACAGAAUACACACAGGAGAAAAGCCCUACCACUGCUCCCACUGUGGAAAGAGAUUUACCUCAUCAGGGGACCUGAAAAAGCAUAAGAGGACGCACACAGGAGAAAAACCUUACCAUUGCUCCCAGUGUGGAAAGAGUUUCUCAGAGUCAAGUAACCUGAAACAACAUGAGAGAAUACACUCAGGAGAGAAGCCCUACAACUGUUCCCACUGUGAAAAGAGGUUUACCUCAUCAGGGACACUGAAAUAUCAUGAGCUAAAACACUCUGUAAAGAAGCGUUUCCAGUGUUCUCGUUGUGAAAGGAGUUUUAAAAAGUUAGGGAAACUGAAGCAGCAUGAGAAAAUACACAGUAGGGAGAAGCCUUUUGGAACUGCUAACACUGUGGAAUGACAUUUACCUGGUUAAGGCAACUGAAAUGACAUUAAAGAAUCCACACCGGAAAGAAACGUUACCAAUGCUUCCAGUGUGGAAAGAUAUCCAGUUAGGGAACCUGAAAGACCAUGAGGUUAUACAUACAGGGAAGAUGCCUUACCACUGCUCCCAUUGUGGAGAGAGAUAUUUCUUACAACUUACAAUUCAUGAGUUAACGCCUCACUGGUCCUCAACUGGC